AUGGCUCCUGUGACAGCUGAAAGCCAGCUGGCAUUUUCCAUCAAUCGGAUUCUGGGUUUGGAAAGACCUGGAAACUCCCUGAAACUCCACCGACCCUGGGCAGAAAAUGAUGCUGAGGAUGAGAACAGAGAGCAGCAGCAGCUGAACUCUCGGCCAACAUCAAACUGGUACAUCGGACGCAGGCCGCGCACCGCCUUCACCAACAGCCAGGUGAAUAUACUGGAGACAGUGUUCCAGGUGAACUGUUAUCCAGGUAUCCAACUGAGGGAACAGCUGGCAGGGAGACUCGACUUGGAUGAGGAUCGAAUACAAAUCUGGUUCCAGAACCGACGGGCCAAACUGAGACGUUCUCUCAGAGAAACCCGACUGCAGCUGGUUCAGACGGCUGUGGCUGACCUUGGGGUUGGACGUGAGGUCAUUGGUCGGCUGAAGGUCACGUUGGAUGGGCGAGGUGAUAGGGAGCUCUCCUCUCAUCUGCAGGUGGAGAAAGAGAACGAGUGAUGCCGAUA